AUGCCUAUCCCAGCCGGAGACGUUGAAAAAGGCAAGAAACUGUUUGUACAGCGAUGUGCUCAGUGUCACACUGUAGAAGCAGGAGGAAAGCAUAAAACUGGCCCCAAUCUACAUGGACUGAUAGGCAGGCAGACUGGUUUGGCUUCUGGCUACACUUACACUGAUGCUAACAAAAGCAAAGGCAUAAAAUGGACACAAGACACAUUAUUUGAGUACUUGGAAAAUCCUAAAAAGUACAUCCCUGGUACUAAAAUGAUAUUUGCCGGCCUCAAGAAAGAACAAGAACGUGCCGACCUUAUAGCUUACCUGGAGAGUGCCACUAAAUAA